AGUUCGGUGGGCGGAGCUUGUCUGCUUCUUCCCGAGCCUGUGAAGCAGUCGGAGAGCAGAGUACUGCAGUGAAGAAGUGGCUGAAAGGAACCCCAAGCUUGGACUUUUAUAUCGUAACGAAACGACUCAAGUGGCUGGUGAGAAGAUAUGGCAGCCAUUCGCAAGAAGCUGGUGAUUGUCGGAGAUGGAGCUUGUGGCAAAACAUGUCUCCUCAUCGUUUUCAGCAAAGACCAGUUUCCCGAAGUCUACGUUCCGACCGUGUUUGAGAACUACAUAGCUGAUAUUGAAGUUGACGGGAAACAGGUGGAGUUGGCGCUAUGGGAUACUGCAGGCCAAGAGGACUAUGACAGGUUGAGGCCUCUUUCCUACCCGGACACUGAUGUCAUCUUAAUGUGUUUUUCCAUUGAUAGCCCAGACAGUUUAGAAAACAUUCCCGAGAAGUGGACGCCUGAGGUGAAACACUUCUGUCCCAACGUUCCCAUCAUCUUGGUGGGGAACAAGAAGGACCUGAGGAACGAUGAGCACACACGGAGAGAGCUGGCCAAGAUGAAGCAGGAGCCGGUGAAGACUGAGGAAGGCAGAGAGAUGGCAACCAGGAUCAACGCCUUUGGUUACCUGGAGUGCUCGGCAAAGACCAAGGAUGGUGUGCGGGAGGUGUUCGAGAUGGCCACUAGGGCGGCGCUGCAGGUCCGCAAACGCAAGAAGAGAAGCGGGUGCACGCUGUUGUGAGCCGUCCGUCCACACAUUCACAGACACACAAACACACACACAUACAUACCAUGAGAAAACAAACAUGGAAGGACUGGCCUUUUUACCAAAUGGCAUCUUUGUACUGUAUGCUGCAUUUCAUGGCAGGAGUCAGGCAGGCCGAUUGUAUGCAAACAUACAGGAAACUGGCUGUCAAUAUUAGUAAUUGAUAUUUCAAAUUCCUUGUUGAUUUUGCUUAUCUUUGGCUUUAAACACAUGCAUGUUUUCAUUUAUAUUUGUCAAUAGGUAGUCCUAUUAGAAUGCAAUAUUGUUGAGUGAGGGCGGGAAGCAUCUUUCCUUGCUGACAUUUUGUCUCUCUGAGGAAGGACCCCCACCCCAAAAAAUGUUGAUCCGCGAAAUUGACUUGUUCAUAACAGCUAGUGCCUUUUUCUAAGUUGUCGACACAUGUGUACUUCUCAUUGUGUUGUCAUUUUGAAACACCACAGCCACGGCUUUCUGCCCUGCGUGUCGCCACGUGGAACCUCAAUGUUCCUGCGCCAUUGCUCACCCUAAAAAUGCCUCCUCACUGCUGUUCUUGUGAUGCGACAAACAACCAACAAAGGAAUUCUUGACAUUUUUUCCCGAGAUGUGAUUAUCCGCGUUCGUUGCCAAUUCGCAAGGUGGAAGCGGGUCAAAACAACACAAUCUAGUCUGUGUAACUUCACAGCUGGCUGCAGAACCCUAACCCCCCCCACCCCCCACCCCCACCCACGUGCCCUGGAUAUACUCAGCUAAGCGGGGUUUAGACCCACCCGCUGCUGGAAUCUGGAAUCUGCGUUCGACAGGUUAACCUAGUCGUGGAGCACCUAGUGUCUUGAUUUCCAGCGGGUCUGCAUUCUUUCUGUGUCUGGCCCAUCGAGGAGUUUGUUCCCCCACCCAACCCCCGCGCUCCUCCUGGUGUCCUUUCUGUUCUGGUUCUCUCAGAGACCAGAUAGACCAGAUGGGCUUGUGUUUCAGUUGUCGCAGCUCAAAUGCAAACACAUUAGCAAAGUAGCACACUGAGAUCGCUAGAAAACCUUCAGCAGCCAAUAAGAUAGGAUCUACUAGAAACCCCCCCUACAUGAUGAUUUCAAGGCCCAGGACCUUCCUCAGUCAGACUCAUAGCUGAAGCCUUUUGCUUUUUGCCUCUGUCACGCUAAAUGUACCAAUGUUUUGGACAUAACCACCUAACAGGACCUACAACUUUUAUCUCCAAAGAUACUUUAUGCCCUCUAUUGGCUCCGCACAUAAAAAAAACUUAUAUGUGCCGUUGUUGCUGCCACCAUCCAAUAAUGCACAACAAGCACACUGACAUUGCAAGAAUCUAAAAAAAAAAAAACUUAUCAGUGGAGAUAAAUCUUGAGGUGUGUGGCUUGACGCUGUGUAAAAGUAUUUAUUAGGUAAUGGAGGUCAUACAACUGGAGGCGUGGCAUUCCCAGAGAGGAGCAGAGAGCCUGGCAGUGCAUGCUACUACAUGUAUGCUACUACAUGUAUACUACUAUGUGCUUGCCUUGCUGCAGUUUCAGGCAUCGCUCUUCUUUUUCUUCUACAUAUGCGAGUACAAGUGGAACCUCCUAAGUGGAACACACAAUGCUACUUGACUUACAUGUUUUUUUUCUCCAUAGGAAAUAAUGUUAAGUGAAUUAAUUUGUUAAGAGCCAAACUCUCGCUAUCGGAUAUACUGAAUAGUACAACUAAAAAAAAUAGAACUACUUGUGCUCCGAAAACUGCAAACAGGUAAUGGAUGGGGAACAGAAUGUUGCCACCUCAUGUUUUUUUUUUAGUGGCUUUUGAGGCAUAUUUUUUGGAGGUUCCACUGUAUUUGACAUGACAGGAUUCACAUUUAUACAUGUAAGCUUGUUGUCAUCCAGCUUUUGUAAACAGUUACACAGCGAAUGUUUCAUGCCAAGUGAACAUUGUUAAUUAAUAAACUAUUUUUGCAACAAUUCAAAA